GCAGCAGAUCCUGGCACACACUUCACAGCUGCUUGUCACCAGGAGACGUUUUUCUGACAUGAACGCAAAGUGCAAGAGGCAGCGCUGGGUCCCAUCGCAGGAGGGAAUUUGGGAACUGCAGCUCUGCACUGGUGUACUCAUUAACUUCAUUAACAGCUCACUGUUCUGUUUGGGUUUUUUUUUGUGUUUAGGAUGUAUAAAGAUUAAGUGCCAAGCGCCAAAAUGAGCGUGACUUCGUGGUUCUUGGUGAGCAGCACCGGCAUUCGCCAUCGGCUCCCUCGGGAGAUGAUAUUUGUUGGCAGAGAUGACUGUGAACUGAUGCUCCAGUCCCGCAGUGUGGAUAAGCAGCACGCUGUGAUCAACUACGACAAGGAGAAAGAUGAGCACUGGGUGAAGGAUCUCGGGAGCUUGAACGGCACGUUCGUCAAUGACGUGAGGAUUCCUGACCAGAAGUACAUCACCCUGAAACUCAACGAUGUCAUUCGCUUCGGCUAUGAUUCAAACAUGUAUGUCCUGGAACAAAUCCAACACAAAGUCCCAGAAGAAGCAUUAAAGCAUGAGAAGUACACCAGCCAACUUCAGAUGAAUUACAAGGGCACGGCCAUGAAGAGGGCGGAGCAGCCCAUGGAGCACGGAGUCUACACCGAGUCCCCACAAGCAAAGCUGGAGAAAGGAGAGAGGAAAGCAAUUACAGAAACCAAUACUUACCGCACCCCUCUGUAUGGGCAGCCCUCCUGGUGGGGGGAAGAUGAUGCCAAUAACAAGGAGGACAGAAGACAAGAGGAACAUUACUCAGAAAGAUCAAAAGAGAUAACCCAACAUGAAGAGGAACUGAAUGGUAAUAUUUCGGCUUAUAGAGAUGCCCAAGAACAGUCGGUGUUUGGCUUCCGGAGAGAGCCAAGUUACUUUGAGAUUCCAACUAAAGAAUUUCAGCAGCCAUCAAAAUCUCCAGAAGCACAGGUCCAUGAGAUCCCCACAAAGGAUGUUGAUGCUGUCGUAGCCCCUGUUGUACAAAGUCAUGCCUCUUUCACCAUUGAAUUUGAUGAUGGUACCCCCGGUAAAAUAAAGAUAAAAGACCACGUAACUAAAUUUUCGCUCAGACAGAGAAGACCGUACAGUAAGGAACCAGCUCAUACAGAAGUGAUGUCAGCAGAGAGCAAAGUGGCUGACUGGCUUGUCCAGAACGACCCAAGCUUGAUGAGACGCCAGUCUUCAGGAGAUGAUGUGUACAGUACAAAGAGUGACCUGCCGGUUCAUGUGAGGACACUUAAAGGCAAUAGGCACGAGGACGGGACGCAGAGUGAUUCUGAAGACCCUGUGGCACCCAAGGCGGAGAAGGAGACAACAACGACGGCGACGACAACAACAACGACGGGCAGCGAACGCGCGACGGAGCAAGCCAGGCUGCAGCGCCAGAUGAGGCGUGAUCCCCACGAGAUGCUGCACAACAAGCAGGCCUUCGUCAUCGAGUUCUUCGAGGACACGCCGCGGAAGAAGCGGUCGCAGUCCUUCACCCACAGCGCUCACUCCUCUCAGAGCGACACCGAUCCGGGGCUGAAAAACAAGGUCGAAAAGCGCAAGAACGCGUUGCCGGCGGAAAAACUGGGAAACGCGGUGCCACCGUCCCACCCUGGGGCCCAGGCGGGCAAGGCCAACAGCAACUCCUCUGGGACCCAACGAGCUAGCUCUUUCAAGAGGGAGAAGACAGAGGAUAGGAUCAACUCUUCAUCCUCUUCUGCUUCCAGAGCAUCAGCCAAAACUUACGGGAGCGUCGGGAGGAAGUCUAAAAUGGCUCAGGAUUUUAUGGCCGAGUACUUGAGGGAGACUGCUCAGUCUGGGAAGCCAAGCGCUGAGAAACCGGCACCUCUGCCUACCCCGGUAGCUCCACGUGUGGUUGUAUCAUCAGAAUCAGAGUCUGCCUCUGCUCCACCUCCAGAGGUAAAGUCUGCCCAGGGCAGGAGGAACGAUGAGGAAGACAGCGUGAGCGAGACGGGCACAUACACCAUCGAGACAGAGUCGCAGGAUAAAGAGGUGGAGGAAGCACGAAAAAUGAUUGAUCAGGUUUUUGGUGUUCUUGAGUCGCCCGAAUUUUCCAGAAUCUCUUCAGCCUUUAGACCAGUAAUUAAAGGUGAAAAAGACGACUCCAGUCCUCAUCAGCAUCUAAUCAGUGAAAAUGGCACUAGUCAGAAGUCACCCUUGCUCCAGGCAUUUGCCUCAAAACCUGUGAGUGGGUCUCAGGCUGAUGCGCAGAUGUCUGCAGCAUCUCAGGGGAGUCAGAAGUGGGUGUCCAGGUGGGCGAGCCUCGCGGACAGUUAUUCUGACUCUGGAUCUGUCUCUGGGCAGGGUGAUGGAGGUCCAGAAAGCAGUGUAGCCCCAAAACCUGGGGAACCAGAGAAUGCCAUGCCCUUGAGAACGAGGCGCCUUCUUCCCCAGCUCCCACCAAGUGAUAAAUCGGACAGUCCCACGCCCGCGGUCCUGGUCUGCCAAGAGUCCUUCUCCGAGGUCACCAAGAGAACCAUUGUGAAGGACCACUGCGUGGAGGCCUAUGGCGAUUCCAGCAGCCGCCUCUUCAUCCAAGAAGACUUGGAUCCAGAUAGCCUCAGCGAUGCCAGCAGGUCUGACGACGGCUUCAGCACGGAAAAAGGCAAAAAAUAUAAAGAGAACAAUAAAAUGCUAGAGCAGAUGGGGGAAGAUGCAAAAUCGGAGAGCCGGCAGCCAGGAGCCUCCCGUGUCUCAAACGUGAGAGUUGUAAGUGAGCCAGUUACUGCUUCGUUCUACAUUGGAGAUGACAGCAAUGAUGUGGGGAUUCCCUCCAAGCUUUCCCUGAGCGUGUCCCAUACUCGAGCAGACAAAGACAGCAAGGAUCAGGAAUUUUCCUUCAAGUCUGCUGGCGUGCCAGUUCCUGGAAAGCCGCCGGUCAAAGACGUCAGUGCUUACAUUAAUGCAGCAGGAAAAGUGGUUAUUUCCCUUCAUCAGAGUCUUCCUCAAGACCAGGAGAACCUGGCAGGAAAGGAGACGUCAUCGUUUGUCAGACAGGAAAGUUUUACCAAAGAUAAAUCAAGCAGUGGUGUUCCUCAAAAUAAGCUCCCACAUAUUUCAAGUCACCCUCUGCUUAAAGAUUUAGAGGCUGUUCGGUCAACCCGUAUGGACUUUGGUCAGGAGACUCAUCUUCUCCUUAAGGACACUGAAACGGCCUUGGCAGCACUGGAAGCCAAAUUACUUGGUCAAAGCCAACAGCUGGAGCCCUCGGAAACUGCUGGUCAGCUGGAGGACUCCUUGUCGGGGGACUCGGACGUGGACACCGCCAGCACGGUCAGCUUGGUGAGCGGCAAAAACGUCCCGACGGGCGCCCCAAAACGCAAAGCCAUUGCAAGUUUGCAGAAGGAGAAAUCGUCCUCCACGCCGUCCAUCCAGGAGCAGUGCGGGCAGCCCAGCGCUCGGGACAGGCUGACGGAGAAGCGGAAAACACAAGCGCCGGAGACGUCGAACCGCCCCGAGGCCACCAAACGCUUCCAGAUGAAGCGAAGUGCUGGAGCUCGAGGGUCACUCGACUUCACAGAUGAUGAGAGAAGCUCCAGCCUGCCCUACUUGCCCGUCCCCGACGCGGUUGUGUCUGACCACGAGCACUCGGUAAACCGGCCGGUUCCCAGAAGGAAACCUUUUACUCAGCCUGCCAAAGAGGACCACAGCAAAACGACUUCCAAUGUGCAGAAGAUCCAGCAAGUUCUCACCCGCUCCAACAGUUUAUCCACCCCACGGCCCACCAGGGCUUCGAAGUUACGGCGUGCCCGGCUGGGAGAUGCUUCCGACAACGAGUGCGUUGAUACCGAGAAGACGUCCUCCAAUGCUGAAGCUGCCGCUCCGGCCUCCAAGCAAUCCACGGAGACGAAGAAGUUAUCCCGCCUGGACAUCCUGGCCAUGCCGAGGAAACGGGCAGGUUCGUUUACGGUGCCCAGUGACUCCGAAACGGCUCAGUCGAGGUCGGGGUUUUCAGGCCGGAGCGUGGAUUCCUAUCGGAAGACGGGGAUUUCGGAGGUUAGAAACGCGGCCAGGAAAACGGCGGCUGCUGCCUCCACGAAGCAGCCUUUCAGCAGGACCCGUUCAAGCAGUGUCAAGUACUCCUCCUCGUCCACGUCAAGGCGGAGACCGCAGGGUUCAGAUUACACUUCUACUUCGGAGGAGGAAUAUGGCUCAAAUCACAGCUCCCCUAAACACAAACGCUCCCAUACUUCAACAGCCACACAAACACCGAGGCUACGUGGCUCUGGGCUGAGCAAGCAGAAGCACAACGGCAGAGAAACGGAUGAGGAUGAAGAUUUUGAUGACCACCCUGACCCCUACAACUUCAUGGCGCAAACAGCAGAGAUAGCAGAAAUCGCCAGACUCAGCCAGACCUUGGUGAAGGACGUGGCCAUCCUUGCUCGGGAGAUUCACGACGUUGCUGGAGAUGGGGACUCGCAGAGUUCAUCAGGGACGGGACCGAGCACCUCCCUCAGCUCUGUGCCCAACACUCCUGCUUCCACCAUAUCGGCCAGAGAAGAGUUGGUGCAGCACAUUCCAGAAGCAAGUCUGAACUACCAGAAAGUGCCUCCGGGAUCAGUGGAACUGAAGGAUUUUGACCAAAAUAUGAAUGAUAAUAGAGAAGAGGAUCCCUCAAGAAAAACGAGGACAAGAAACCGUGAGGAGGUAAUCUUUGACAAUCUGAUGUUGAACCCGGUGUCCCAGUUAUCACAUACAAUCCGUGAGAAUACAGAAAACCUAGCUGAAAAAAUGAAGAUACUGUUUCAGAACUCAGAAAGGACCUGGGAGGAGAUGGAGGCCAAAAUUAAUUCAGAAAACGAAGUGCCAAUCCUGAAGACAUCAAACAAGGAAAUCAGUUCUAUCCUGAAGGAGCUCAGGAGAGUUCAAAAACAGCUUGAAGUCAUAAACGCUAUCGUUGACCCUACUGGAAACUUGGAUGUAGUUGCCAGUAACAAAGCAUCUGCUGCUGCUAAACAAUCCACAGCCAAUAAAGUCAGGACUGCUAACGCUUCUGGGUCCACGCUGGAGACUUUGUCCCCAGCACAGAUGAGAGGCUACACGCAGAAAUCGAACUGUGGCUCUUCUACCUUACAAGAGUCGAAUUUCAUUCCAGACGGGGAGAAAUACGUGAUCUGAGACAAUUAUUUUGUAUUGCUGUCCUGUUGUAAUCUACUGUCGCAUUAGUGUUGUGUGUGAGUGGUUUGUGGACAGUUUGUGUGGAGCAGUUGUUUAGAUUGCUAACACGUUGCACAGAAAAAAAAGAAAAAAAUAAUAAAAGAAUGAAAUCUAUGCUGUGAGGGUGAAUGGAAAGUCUGUGUAUGCCUUUUAAACAAGACUAGCACUGUGGAGCAGCACAUGUUCAGCAUAGAGGUAAACUGAUUUUUAGAAAAUUACUCACUUGAUUCUUCCAGUGUGCCAUAAGAAAACGGGCUUUGCAUCCGCUCCGUUCAGUGCUGCCGAAGUGAAAGUGUUCUUGCGUUGGCCUGUUUAUAAUUAUUCAGUUGUAACGAGGCGCAAUUGAAAAACACUUCUUUUGGUAUACUCUAUUUGUUUGGGUUUUAUUUGUCUGAUUAUUAUUUUUUUUUAAAAAACCCACUUUUUCUGGUAUUGUAUUUGUUUGAUUAUUUUUUUUUUUUAA